AUGGCUGAAAACGACAAUUACAUGACACUUUGCCCUCACUGUGAGGCAUAUUUGCCUGCGAGGACAUUUAGAAGGCACCGAGAAGUGUUCUUUAACUUGAACACAAAUUCCUGGGAAAAGGAUCCGAGCUUAGGAAACAGUAGCGAUGACGAAAUCUCCUAUACUGAGAUCGACGACUCAAUUUCGCACGACUAUUGUUCACCCAAUCAUGGCCACAGACACAGUGAAUCUGAAAGCAGUGAUGAUUUACUUUACCCACUGCUUGGUCACAAAAUUUGGGAUGAAGUUUUAGGUGAUGAAAUUGACGAAGACACCACUGAAAACUGCAACAUUCCAUCAGUUGAUGUAGAUCCGCCACAGCACCCUUCCAACAGCACAUUACUCAAUUGCCUUGUUAUCUUACUUGCUUUUUUCUGGACUUAUUUUCCUAUACCGGACAACGCAAUGGAAUUUUUGUUGUUAUCAUUAAAACGAUUCUUUCAAGCAGCAUCCUUUUCAAACAACUGGUUUGCCAUGUUUGCCUUAGCUUUUCCUCGGUCGCUGUACCUGUUCCAAAAACAAAUUGGAUUGGUAGGGGAUAAGUUCACUAAGUACGUCGUUUGCCCGACCUGUUGUGCGGUGUAUACAUUUGAAGACAGCUUUGGAACAGUUGGCGGCCGUAAGGUUUCAAAUACAUGUUCCUUUGUUCGGUUUCCAAACCAUAGGCGCGCAUGCGUAAACAAUGUGGUGCUACACUGUUGAAAGAGGUUACAACUAAAGAUGGUAGUGUUCGGCUCUACCCUCAUAAGAUUUAUUGCUACCAGAGUAUUGUUGCAACAUUGGAACAAUUUGUUAAGAGGAGUGGGUUUACCGCAUGUUGCGAGUUGUGGAGGAACCAGGACAUUCGAACAGCUCAUCAAAUUAUGCGUGACAUAUUUGAGGGUGAGUUUGGAGGGAUUUUCAGACAUUUAAUGGUUCUUCUUUUUUGGCUUCACCACGCAACUAUGGAUUUAUGCUUAACGUUGAUUGGAUGCAACCAUUUGACCACACACCUUAUUCUGUUGGAGUGUUGUAUCUGGUUCUAAUGAAUCUUCCGAGGAGUGAGCGCUUCAAAUGGCAAAACAUUUUUCUUGUUGGAAUAAUUCCUGGCCCAAAUGAGCCUCGAAUUAACAUUAAUUCGUUCCUAGCACCACUCGUGGAUGAAUUUAUUAAACUUUGGGAAGGAGUUAAUCUAAGGCAUUCCGGUUCCCUUUUAUUACCUGAACGUUUUAGAGCUGCUCUGUUGUGUGUGGCCUGCGAUAUGCCCGCCAGCAAGAAGGUUUGCGGGUUUACAGCGCAUAAUUCCAAACAUGGUUGCAAUAAAUGUACCAAAGAAUUCCGAACAGGUGGUAUUAGUGAGUUGACGGAUUAUUCCGGAUUUGAUUUGUGUCCUUCGAGAAAUAUUAUAGAUCACAGAAGACACGUAGAGGAAAUUUUAGCGCAAUUUACACAAGAACUGCAUAAUGCAAAAGAGUCCUUGUAUGGUGCUAGACAUUCAGAACUGCUCAGACUGCCUUACUUUGACUGUAUAAGGUUUACUAUUGUUGACCCAAUGCACAAUCUCUUUUUGGGGACUGCUAAACGCAUGAUGGAAAUAUGGCUUGAUCUUUCUAUUUUAACCUUGGAACGUGUUCCUUGGAACGUGUUCAACAGAAAGUUGACGAAAGCUGUGUUCCCUCUAAUAUAG